AUGUUUUGUAUGAAGAGUGUCAGCCUCUUUUAUUUAUUGUUGGUUCUGUUAUACCCCAGCCAAGAAUUUGUCUGGGCAUAUCUUCCCAGAGAAGAUCUAGCACAAAGUUUAUGGAAUGGAUUGGAAGACUUAGUUGAUGGAAGUGAACAAAAAGACUUUCUAACUGAUACUUCUCCAGAGGUGCAUCAGGAUAUCACAUCUCCUUACCAGAAUCACCAUGGGAGUUUCAACAAGCAAGGCAAAGACAAGGGGAUGUACAGUGAAGGGGAUGUAUGGAUUUCAAAUUUUUUGGGAGACCUUGAUUACAUAAAUCAUCUAGAUCUCUUACCACUCCCAGGAGGAAUGGUUGAAGAUGUCCUAAAAACAAUACACACAAAUGAUAUAAUUCAAGAUAUUCAGUAUGUUCCUAAUCUCCAAAUGUCACCAGCUCAUGCCAACCAUCAAGCUCCUUGCACCUCUGAGAUGAUACCUCAUGGUCCAGAGAUGGGAGUAGAUUCCAAAGCAUCACCAAACACACAUGAAAUGGGGAGGGUUGAUGAAUUGUCAACAGAUGAUUUUCCAAUAUCAGACUUUGGAAUACAUGAUCAUUUUAUGAACCAAGGUCAAGGAAUAAAUCAGGCAGAGGGAACAUCAGGAAGUAUUGGUAUCAACAGAAAUAGUGAAAUUAAUAGCUCAAGAAGCUUGAGCAUCAUGAAAAACACAAACCCUUCUAUACCCUUACCCAACAGCUUUGUUGAACUUAAACAUCCUUCAAAUCUCAAUACACCAGAAGAUCUUCACAACCACAGAAGUCUUGACUUUGUUCCAGAUCAAAUAUCUCAAGGUACAAACUGCUUCAGUUCAUACCAACCACACACACAGUCAGAUCUGUCAAAUAAUUGGUACAAUAGUCCAGACAGACACACCUCAAAGUCAAACUCUCCAAGUGUCCUGCCUGUGGAAGCGCAUCCUGGGGUUUCAAAGAUAGUUGAAGAUACACGAAAUGCACACUCAGCAAAGGAUAAUUUUGUUAAUUUAGAGCAUGAUACACCAAGAUCAGAUCAUACAGGCCAGCCCAUAGAUGAUUUAUCCAACCUUCUGGAUCACCAUAUUUAUGAUGCAAUGGGAUCAAACUCCUUACCAUAUCUAGAGCACAACUCAGAAAAAGACAAUCUACAGUUUCUUGGAAGAGAGUUGUGUGAAGGUCCGGAUCUAGAUCACUUGAUGAAUGGAGGAAGGGUUUCAAACUUUGUUCCACAAGGCAUUCAAACUCAAUCACUUGACAUACCAGGCAGCAAUAAAGCUUUUGAAAUUUCAUGGAAAGACCAAGGUGAAUAUUUGCAAUCAUCUUUCAAUUAUCACAAGGAGCUAGAUGGAUCCCAAACACCUAUGAAACAGGAUGAUAUAAGUAGGAAGAUGCACUCCCACAUUGAAGAUAUGACCAUACAGAAUAAGAGGAGGAAAUUUCACAGUGGGGCAGGAUUGUCCAUCAGCCAUGUAACAAAUUCAAAUACUCAUCAAUCUGGUUACUCCAAUCAUAAUGAAGCUUAUACCACAAAAAGAUUAAUAUUGCCCAUAAUAUAUAAUUGUAUCACUCACAUUCCAAAUAAACCACAUCAUAAUUCAAAUUCCUUUGGACAUAUAGGCAAUUCCAAGGAUACUGUUAACUUAACACACAAUGGUGCAGGAAAAGGGAAUAUUCAAGUUGUACCUGAUGAUCUGCCCCAAAGAAAGAAGCCUGAUAAAAAAAUCACACCCCAGGAUGAAACAUUGAAGGUCAAGUUGAUUUAUGAUCCUGAGGGUGAGGAAGUAAGUGAAACUCUAGCGGAAGGAUAUCAGUGGUUACUAAAGAUUUGGAAAACUAUCCCACUUGAAAAAAUUCAGUUGGAAAGGUAUCCUAAAGCAAUCAAGCAUACUGGAACUUCUCGCAGCACUGAGACCAUCAAGAAUUCUUUAAUUUCUAAGCUUAGUACUGAUCUUGAAGUUGUAUGGGGAUUCAUUUCACACAAAGAUCUAGCCAGAAGUUUAACAGAUGGUGAGAAUAUUGAACAGGAUUUGGAGCCUGGAAUGAAAGAGGUUUCUCAUGUGGUGUCAAAUCAUAAUCAUGGGACAGAGGAUAUAACAUCAGGUUAUUGGCCUUUCUCAUCUGCAAAUUAUCAUGAACUUGCACAUCAAGACAGAUUUUUACCAUCAACAAAUCUUGAUCAUCACCCCCUUGUUGAAGGAUCAACUACUGCAGGGCAUAGAAGUGAACAAGGAGUCCUGCUGGAUGAUACUUCUGGUGAAGUGAAUGUAGAUAUGAGGUUCCCUCACCAGGUUCACCCUAUGCACGAUCAAGAUGAUGUGUGGAUUUCAAAUUUAUUGGAACUUGGAGACUUUGAUUUCAUGGAUACAGAGAAUUUCUUAACAUUCAAAGAAGGACCAAUGACAGAUGCUGCAGAGCCACUACACCAAAAUGAUAUGGUCACAGAUUUGAAAGAUGUUCCGCCUCAACUCAAAACUUUGAAAGCUCAUUCUGGACAUCCAACACCUUAUCCUGCUUCUGAAAUUAUAUCUCACAGCGCAGACAUUGGAAAAAAUCCCACACUAUCACCAAACAUUGGUGGAAUGAGCUGGGUUGGUGGUGAUGUGGGAAAUGUUUCAACAAAUUAUUCUCCAAUAUCAUACUUUGAUAUCUUUGAUGACUCAAUGAGCCAAGAUGGAGAGUUCAAUCAGGUAGACAAAAACUUGGGUAGGAUCAAUAUCAACAGCAAUGAUGAUAUACAUAGAUCAAGUCACUUAGAUACUUUGGAAACCCCAAUUCCUGCCAUAAACCUACCCAACAUCCCUACUGAACUCAAAUACCCUGCUUAUUUGAAUGUCCUGGAACAGUCCAUCAAUCAUGCAAGUCAUGACAUCUUUCAAGAUCACACAGUUGGAGGUACAAAUUGUUUCAGUCCAUACCAACCAGUCACACAGACAAAUCCACAGGAUGGUUGGUUCCCAGACACACAUACUGGAGUGUCAAUGGUAUUUGGAGGUUCAGAAGAUGCACACUUAGCCAAGGACAAAUUCAUUGAUCCAAUAAAUACAACACCAAGAUCAGGUCAUGCAGACAAGCCCCUAGAUAAAAUUAACACUCUUUGGGACCACCAAUCUCACAAUACAAGGGGAAUGGCAUCCCAACCACAUCCACACCAAAACUCUGAACAUGGAAAUCUACAAUUUUUGGAAAGAGAUUUUGAUGUAGCCUACCUCCUGGCUAUAGAAGACAUGUUAAAUCAAGAAACCAAUUCAAGUUUUAUCCCACAAAGCAAUGAAAACCAGAUGUUUUACAAACCAGAAAGCAGGGUAGGUCCUGAUAAUUCUUGGAGAAAUAAGAAAGACAAGGGACCAAAGACACCCCUUGAAGCUCACACUGCAUUAUAUGAUCAUCAAAUAUCUAGUAAACAGAAGAAUCUAAUCAGGGAUCUUCACUACAACACUGAAGACAUGAUCAUACAUAACAAAAGGAAGAAGUUAAAUAUUGGGGGAGGCUUAGGAAUGGGCCUUGCAAAACCCUUGACCCCAAAUCAAACUUUUUACCCUAAUAACAAUGGAUUGUAUGGUAGAAUGGAUGGGGAAGUUGUCUCCUCAAAAGAUUUACCCAUUCCCAACCUUUAUGCUCAGACGCCUAUCUAUCCAAUGGAAAGACAUUUCAACAUGAAUAUAAUGGAAUGGAGGAAUAACUUCAAAGCACCGACUCAAGAUGUACCUGAUAUGAUGCCUAGAAAAAAGAAGACUCGUAAAAGACAAAGACCCCAUACAGAAACAGGCAUGUACAGGAAUCAGGUCAGAUCAUCAUUUGAUUUCACAAUUGAGAAAUAUGUCACACCUUUCAUGAUACAACUUCAGGAAUACCUUAAAACAGAUGAGGAGCUUUGUGUAAGGUAUCCUGGAGUCAAAAAAUGCAUGAGAAUGAGAUUAACACUUAUGACACAUGAAUUCCUUUUGUUGCUAAUCAAGGUCAAAUUCAGCUUUGAUCCUUAUGGAGGAGACUUGAGUGAAACAUUAAAUGAAGGAUACAUGUGGUUAGAAAAUAUUUGGAAAACCAUUCCAUUUAGAACAAUCAAAUUGGAAGAUUAUGCUAAAACAACUAAUUAUGCUAGAGCUUAUCCUGAGACCGAUUCAAUCAAUACCAUCAGAGAUUCUUUGAUUUCCAGGGCUAUGAGUCACAAUCUAUUCACUAUAAGCCAACAACACUUCAUUUGUCAUGUGAUUUUGAGUUGGAUGAAGACAUUUAGACCAAAAUGGUUUGAUCUCUUCAUGAAGAUCCCUGGGUGCAGCCCAUCAUGGUACAAUAUAUCAGAUUACCAACCCAAUGUCUCCAGGAUCUCAACUCAAUUCCUCCUUUCCUAUAUUCAAGAAAAGCUUGAUGACCUAGAGAAGAAGGCACAACCCAUCACAUAUUAA